CGCCUGCCCAGCUUUGACCCGCCUCCAGCCUCCUCUCCCCCAGGCCGUCACUUUUGCGUUCUGUCUGCUCUUCUUGGUUCGCCGAUGUCCCAGGAGAAGGCCAGCAGCCCUUCUGGGAAGAUGGGGGGCGAGGGGAAGCCGGCAGGUGCCGGUCAGGAGAAGCGAAAGGAAGAUGGCAAGAAGAGGAACAAAGAAGGGACUGGAGAGGGAGGUCGGGCAGAGCUAAAUCCUUGGCCUGAAUAUAUUAACACGCGUCUCGAGAUGUAUAAUAAACUAAAAGCAGAACACGAUGCCAUCCUGGCAGAAAAAGCAGAAAAAGAUAGCAAGCCAAUUACUGUCACUCUGCCUGAUGGCAAACAGGUCUCUGCGGAAUCCUGGAAAACGACACCGUAUCAGAUUGCUUGUGGCAUCAGCCAAGGCCUGGCUGACAACACCGUGGUUGCUAAAGUGAAUAAGGCUGUUUGGGACCUAGACCGCCCCCUGGAGGAGGACUGUACCUUGGAGCUCCUCAAGUUCGAGGAGGAGGAAGCGCAGGCAGUGUAUUGGCACUCAAGUGCCCACAUAAUGGGUGAAGCUAUGGAAAGAGUCUAUGGAGGAUGCUUAUGUUAUGGUCCACCAAUAGAAAAUGGAUUCUAUUAUGACAUGUACCUUGAGGAAGGGGGUGUGUCGAGCAAUGAUUUCUCUUCUUUAGAGACCUUAUGUAAGAAAAUCAUUAAAGAAAAACAAGCUUUUGAAAGAUUGGAAGUUAAGAAGGAAACCUUAUUGGAAAUGUUUAAGUACAACAAGUUCAAAUGCCGAAUCCUGAAUGAGAAAGUGAAUACUCCAACUACCACAGUCUACAGGUGUGGCCCCUUGAUAGACCUCUGCCGGGGUCCUCAUGUCAGACACACUGGCAAAAUUAAGACGUUGAAAAUACACAAAAACUCCUCUACGUACUGGGAAGGCAAGGCGGAUAUGGAGACUCUCCAGAGAAUUUACGGCAUUUCAUUCCCAGAUCCUAAGCUGUUGAAAGAGUGGGAGAAGUUCCAAGAGGAAGCUAAAAACCGAGAUCAUAGGAAAAUUGGGAGGGACCAAGAGCUGUAUUUCUUCCAUGAACUCAGCCCUGGAAGUUGCUUUUUCCUGCCGAAGGGAGCGUACAUUUACAACACACUAAUUGAAUUCCUCAGGAGUGAAUAUAGGAAACGGGGGUUCCAGGAGGUGGUCACCCCAAACAUCUUCAACAGCCGACUGUGGAUGACCUCGGGCCACUGGCAGCACUACAGCGAGAACAUGUUUUCCUUCGAGGUGGAGAAGGAGCAGUUCGCUCUGAAACCCAUGAACUGCCCGGGACACUGCCUCAUGUUUGACCAUCGCCCAAGAUCCUGGCGCGAGCUGCCUCUGCGGAUGGCCGACUUCGGGGUCCUCCACAGGAACGAGCUGUCGGGGGCACUCACCGGCCUCACACGGGUGCGGAGGUUCCAGCAGGAUGACGCUCACAUAUUCUGUGCCAUGGAGCAGAUCGAGGAUGAAAUAAAAGGUUGUUUGGAUUUUCUGCGUACAGUAUAUACCAUAUUUGGAUUUUCUUUUAAACUGAACCUGUCUACUCGGCCAGAAAAAUUCCUUGGAGAUAUUGAAAUCUGGAAUCAAGCUGAGAAACAACUUGAAAACAGCCUGAAUGAAUUUGGUGAAAAGUGGGAGUUAAACCCUGGUGAUGGAGCUUUCUAUGGCCCAAAGAUUGACAUACAGAUCAAGGAUGCCAUUGGUCGGUACCACCAGUGCGCAACCAUCCAGCUGGAUUUUCAGUUGCCCAUCAGAUUCAAUCUUACUUUUGUGAGCCAUGAUGGUGAUGAUAAGAAAAGGCCAGUGAUUGUCCACAGAGCCAUCUUGGGAUCCGUGGAAAGAAUGAUCGCCAUCCUCACUGAAAACUAUGGGGGCAAAUGGCCCUUCUGGCUGUCUCCUCGCCAGGUAAUGGUAGUUCCAGUGGGACCAACAUGUGAUGAAUAUGCCCAAAAGGUCCGGCAACAAUUCCACGAUGUUAAAUUCAUGGCGGACAUCGAUCUGGAUCCGGGCUGUACCUUAAAUAAGAAGAUCAGAAAUGCACAGUUAGCACAGUAUAACUUCAUCCUGGUUGUCGGUGAAAAAGAGAAAACCAGCGGCACUGUUAAUAUCCGCACGAGAGAUAACAAGGUCCACGGAGAGCGUACUGUUUCUGAAACCAUCGCACGGCUGCAGCAGCUCCGGCAGACCCGCAGCAAACAGGCGGAGGAAGAGUUUUAAUGAAGUUGGCGCAACUGGCCCAGCAGAAGAGAUGAGCAGUGUUUCCGGAACGUCCCCUUUGUGCUCCAGAAAACACUAACAUACACUGAACUUGGAGUAGUUUGGCAGAGUCUGCAUAGCUGCCUGCAGGGGGUGAACCUUCUCUGACCUAGACGGGUUUUAGAUAAUGUGUAUCUGAAGGAGAUAAUUAAAAGAGACACAUUAAAAUGAUUUUAUUCCUUAAUUAUCUGAGCACUGGAAAUAAACCAUGAGGAAUGCUUUAGUGAGAUGAGGGAGAACAUUUUUUUGUAAAUUUAAUGCAGUUGGAAAAUAAAAUUUUUCUAAUUUGAUUCAGAUGAAAGAAAGAUGAGACUUUGAUUAGGUAUAAAAAUAAAAACUUGAAUUCAUGUAAGUUUCAGAAGACUUCUGACCUUCACAUGCAUCCUACA